GACAACGACGUCGUCGUCGUCGUCCAGGGAGGCUGCUCCGGGCCUUGUGUGUUGGCCUCUCGUGAGCGAAGCCACGGAAUUCGUGGGCCCCCGCCACGCCACGCCGUGGACGUCUGACGGGGCGGGCCUCGUGCGGCCACUCCGUGCGGCCACUCCGUGCGGCCUGUGACGGUGGUGGUGACGGUGGUGGCAGGGAUAGCUCCUCAACGGGCUGACUGACUUGCUUCGCUGUCUCGACAAGCAUGGGUGAGCAGCCCCCCAUAGAGAUGAGCUGCCUGGCCAAGAAGUUGGAGGCACUGCAGUCCGCCGACUCGGAGGCCGCCUGCCGCGUGGGGGAGGAGGCGGAGGAGGAGGGCGAUGCCGGCGCCCGCUUCUGGGAGGCGCCCGACUUCUGCAUGGCGUGCGCCCAGCGGCACGGCCCGUCCGAGGGCCACGCGUACGACUACCGGCAGGAGGUGGACGAGGACCUGACGUGCCGCGUGUGCCUGGAGCCGCUGCUGGGCCCGCUGGACACGCCGUGCGGCCACACCUACUGCCGCGAGUGCCUGCGCGGGAUCGCGGCGCGCGUCCGGGCGUCCCGCGCCCACGGCGAGAACGGAGAGGGAAAUCGGACCGAUGAUGACGACGACGACGACGACGAUGAAGACCUGGAGGUCUGCUGCCCCUUGGACAGGGAGCCGUUCCGGCUCUUCGAAUGCUCCUCCUCCAGCUUCCUCGUGAAACGCCUGCUGGACAAGCUGAUGGUCGGCUGUCCCCUCUGUCCCGACGGCGAGAUGCAGCGGAGCGAGCUGGAGGAACACCUCCGUAACAGGUGCCCCGGCACAGCGGCGUUCCGCGAGGCGGAGGAGAAGCGGCGCAAGGCGGCGGCGGCGGCGGCGGCCGGGGGGAGCGGCCACGGCGCGGACAGCUCGGCGCAGCACGCGUUUGCGUUGCUCAACGCCGGCGUGUGCUCUGUGGAGGCCAUCGCGCUGCUCUCUGACGAGCCGGGCCUCGUCAACCCAGGAUUCCAGCUCAGCUCCGAGGAGGAGCUCGACAACGAUGGAGACACGGGCCGGCGGACGAGAGGCUCCAGCAGAGACAGCGCCGCCCCCUCACGCAGCGACAGCUCCUCCGGCGGGGAAUCGUCCGGCUCCGAGCUGUCCCCGGGCUCGCCGGUGCGCGAGGGCGCCGUGUCGACCCUGGAGCUUCGGCGUGCCGACCCCUACGAGGAGCUGGGCGUGAUGGUGGUGGGCGGCAGCGACACGCCGCUCGACAGCAUCGUCAUCCAGGAGGUGCUGAGGCCCGGCCUCGCGAGCCGCGACGCGCGCCUCCUGCCGGGGGACCGCAUCCUCAAGGUGAACGGCGUUGACAUUGGCAGCGUGCCGCACGAGUUUGCGCGCGCCGCGCUCGCGGAGCCCUGCCGCAGCGUGCGUCUCCACGUGCUGCGCGACGCGCACCACGCCGCCUUCGACGCUCCCGGGGCCGCCCCCGCGGCCCCCGCGGCCUCCUCGCGCUCGCCCGCCCGCCGAUCCUACCGCCGUUCGGCGUCCUCCGCGUCGGCGUUGGCCGCGUCGGGAGGGGCCGGCGCCGGCGCCGCCCGCCGGGAGUCGCACCGGCUGCCCCGCCGCCACACGUGCCGGGACUUCCGCGGCGGAGAGGCGCGCCGAGGGAACGGCCUCGCCGCGGCCGCCGGGCCUGGCAAUGAAAGCCUCCAGGUGGUGUUGAGGAAGCGCUACGCGGGCGAGGCGCUGGGAAUCCGAUUGGCCGAGGCGGCGUGCGGCGGCGGAGCCGGGGCGCCCUCGGAGCUGCCGACGGGGGUCAUGGUGCAGCGCGUGCUGCUGGGGGGGGUGGCGGCGAGGGAGGGCGCCCUCCGUGCCGGCGACCGAGUCAUCGCCAUCAACGGGCGCGACGUGCGCAGGGCCACCACGGAGCAGGCGGUCGCCAUCAUACAGUCGUGCCAGGACCGCGUGCACUUCGUGGUGUCGCGUCAGUGCCGGCCGCACGUUCCCGAAAUCCUGCACGAGGUCGUCCCCAACAACAACGACGACGACAACAACAACGCUGGUGCUGCAGCGGCAGCGGCGCUGAGCACCGGCUCGCCGUGGCAGGAGAAGACGGUGCGGGUCUCGAAGGCCCCCCACGAGUCUCUGGGGAUGACGGUGGCGGGGGGGCUGGGCAGCCUUGGGGGGGACCUCCCGAUCUACGUGACGAGCGUGGACCCACACGGCUCGCUGGGCCGCACGCGCAACGUCCGCACGGGCGACGUGCUGCUGAGCGUGAACGGCACCGACCUGACGCGCCUCGCGCACGCCGAAGCCGUGGCCGGGCUCAAGGCCGGCGCGGCGAUGCCCACGGUGGAGCUGCACAUGCUCUCCCACGUCUCCGCCACCGCAACGUCGCCCACCAACUCCUCGGCCACCUCGGCCGCCGCGUCGCCCACCAGCGUCGGCGAGGAGCGUGGGGCCGGCCGCAGGGAUGGGCAGCGCAGAGACAGGCCGCCGAGAGCGACGUCGACCGACGAGGAGGAGGCGGCCGCCCAGGCAGACAACGAGCGCAACGAGGAGGGGGGCGCCGCCACGGAGGAGCGCCUCACCUGGACGCCCUCCUGGGUCACGUGGCUCAGCCUGCCCAGCGUGCUGCAGAGGCAGAAGGAGAUUGUGCUGGCGCGCGGCAUGUCGGGCAGCCUGGGCUUCAGCAUCGUGGGCGGCUUGGAGGAGAGCCGCCACGCACAGCCCUUCCUCGUCAAGCACAUCGUGCCCGGCACGCCCGCCUUCAACGACGGGCGCCUCAGGUGCGGCGAUCGCAUCGUGGCCGUGAACGGGAGGAACACGGCCGGCAUGAACCACGCGGCGCUCGUGCGCACGCUCAAGGAGCUGCGGGGCAAGGUCUCGCUGACCGUCGUCUCCCUGCCCGGCUCCCACGUCUAGCGGGCGCCGACACCGCCGCCGGCGCCCGGCUGGGCCGAGCGUCCGUCGCUCGGGUCGGGACGGAGCCAACGACAAAAACAAAACGCUUCCCCCCGUUUUAGACGGCCCGCUCCACGAACCGCGGCCGACCUGCCGGCCCCCAGAACACGGCUGCAUUGUCGUCUUCGGCGUUGUGUUGGAGGCAGUACAGAAAGUGGGAUUUUUUUUUGCGUUUGUUUACUUUGCACGAAGCCCCUCUCCGGUUUAGCAGAGCUUUCCGCGUGUUCUCUUCGUACGUGUGGAUUUCCCCCCGGGCACUCCUCGUUUGCUCGCACGUGCAAAAAUACGCGCGAGCACGACGAGACUCAACGAGGCUGUCCCUCGUUGGAAGUUUAUUGUCGAGUUAGACGGCGCUGUGCUUGAAGGGGUUUAACAAGGAUCGGUACCAAUUUCAUGGGGAAGUUAAAAGGGGUUGUCCUAUGGAACAACCACCCCCCCUCCCCUGCCACGGGAAUGUGGAAUUUCCACCACUAGCCGAAAGCCUCGGAUGCAGGUGUGAAUGUCGAUCCCCAUGCUCAUCCGAGCAGAGACAUUUUAAAGUCAUCCUGGUUUUUUUUAAUAAUUAUUAUUUCGCAUUUCCUUAAAACUCGCGCUUUGCAAAAUGGUGAGAAGUAAUUUUCAACCAAAGCUUGAAAUUGUUUCAUCGAGGGUCAAAAGUCUGAGCCAUCUCUGCUGCGUUCGCGUUCUGGGACCGCCUGGUCGUUGCGGGAAUGUGGCUGCCGCUGCUGCCGCUGCUGCUACUGCUGCUGCUUGUGUGAUGAUUGUGCGAUGAUUGGUGGCAGAACCUCUUUUAGGCCAACACCUCUCUUUUCGGCCUUCGUUUUUCCAAACGGGGCGCUCAUUCUAGUUUUUUGGACAGACGCAAAACGACGGGCAGUUGAGUUGAGUCCGAUUUGUAAAUUUGUCCGAGCAAUUAGUCCAGUGUAGGUGAUGAAACGCAGCUUUUUCUCUCGCUCUGUCUCCCGCUCUCGAUCCCAGGUCUCAGUUGCAAAAGAAUUAACACCUGAGGCCUGAUUUUGUGUUGGUGGAAAUUAGUAAAAAAAAAAUAAUCUAGAUGUUUGGUGGGAAACUAAACAAAAUUGACAUCACAAAAGGAAAUAAUUGAUUAAAUGUGUUUCGUAUGGCCAUAUUGUCAGUCCACUGCUGGAUGAAGGGCAACUCUCUGUUGGUCAUGGGGGUUGUUUGGCCAUACUUCACCAUGCUGGUCAGUGCUUUUUGGUGAAUGCGGAUAUGGGAGCAGUUGUGGUGGAGGGUGGUGCCCAGUACCGGUUCAGAUAUCACCGCUCGCCGCGCUGUGCCUGUUCAGCGCACGUGCGCGCGGCUACGUGGCCCGUGAUCACCUUGAGACUGCGGGUUUCACACAGGCUUAAAAACGAUCUCGGAUUUCAAGCGAGUCGCGAACCAAAUAUCAUAACCCCGAUGGGUGAAGAUACAUCACAUUAUCAAGUGGAUCAUUGCAAGCUCACUUUUUUAUUUUGAAUGGCCAGAAUUAAAAAUAGUAAUAAAAAAAAAGUCCGAUCA